AUGGCUGCCAUGGACUGCGGUCCUUCGAAAAUGCCUAAUGGUACAUGUUUCUCAGCCCGAAUCCAAACCCAUAUAAGGAAUCAAUCAUCCAAUGCGUCUUCACUAAGCCAUGAUGCCAUGGCUAUUGCGGAUCCCAUUGCGGAGCCCAUCCCAUCGCCACGCCGAUGGUCGCCGACAUAUCAACCUCGGCGUAGAACCAGCAGACAUUAUCCGACAUCUCUAUCAUUUGUUCCAGCUCCAGCGUUGCCUCGGGCAGAGUUUCAUGACCAUUCAUUGUCUCUACCGCGUCGCCCAGCAGACCGAGGACCAUCCUGCCACUCGCCAUUUCGAUCAGUCCGCAGAAUGAAAGAGCCCUUCCAGUUGAUGUUGCCGAGCUCUCCAGUAUCGGCUUCGUCGCCAGUCUCUAUUUCAUGCGAUGCGGCACCGCCAUUUCCCACGAGGCACACGCCUCAGUCUUUCAAGCCGCCGGCCGGUCAUGCACUGAGAACGUGGCGAUCAGACCAGAACCUAACAUCAGCAAGUAUGACUGCAUUUGGCCUGCUGCCCAGUCCUCCAAUUUCCGAAUCCAGGCCGGUAAGCACUGGACCCGAAGCAUCAUACUUUGAGUGUAAAAGCGACCAGAAGACCUCACCGGAUGUGGAGAGCACUGAAUGCACCUCAGAGGUGACGAACAGCACGGAAAACCUCAAGAACGAGGACACCACAGAUCAUGUGGACUUGCGCAAAGACCCUACAGAGCAAACCACCACUGAAGAAACAUCUCCCUAUCAAGCGUAUCGCCCUUCAGACUGGCAAGUCAAGUCACCUGAAAAACGACGAACAGAUGUGACAAAUGUCCACGAGGCACACUCGAAUCUGAUUCGACAAUGCGAAGAGACACUUGCGUCAACACCAACGACGAAAAGGCCUGACAAGGAGGAACCGACGCCAGUUACAUCACCCGCAUCUCUGCACAGCGCUAAGGCUUCCAUGCCUGCUAUCUCCCCGAGACAGCAACGGCGAAGGGCAACAACUGUCUCGAGUGAAGCCAGUUGGAUCCCCAGCAACUUCUCGUAUUGUGAGACAUGGUUGCAAGGUGUGCCACUAGAUCCGCUAGAUAAAGACGACAACCCCAAAGAAUUCAAUCGUCGAAAAUUCCAGAUUAUCGAACAAGAUCCACCAAUGCCGAAACUGGAUGUUAUUCCUGAUGGGCGGAUCUUGGACGAGCCUGUGCGAUUCGCUGUUGCUAGCAAGCCAAGGCUGGUGGAUAUUUCACGACAAUCAUCACCAUCCAUGGGCCCCAUGGGCCCGCCCCCUCCGCCUGCACCUACAGUUCGUCAGACUGUUUGUGUUCCAAUGACGCCUGAUCAACGGCAAGAGGAGGUUUCCGCUUUCAGCCCAGAUACCCCGUUGGACACGCCAAUGGAAAUGUCUGAUAGUGGCUAUGGCACACGCGAAUCCGGUUACUCCAUGGAUAGCUACCAGGAUAGCAAGGAUGACGAUACCUACUCAGAUCCGGGAUCACUGACCUCUGACAGUAUCACGUCCACUGUGAUCGGGGAUCGGCCUGAAUCCACUCUGGGAGAGCGCGAGGCAUCUCCGCAACCCGAAAUUCGAUCAGGCAGCGUCAGUCCCAAAGCAUCCCCGUCACCACCUAGUCACCCCCCAGGUCAAACAUCACAUACUUCAGAAGAAGAGAGGCAUGAGAAGCAGCCAUCCUGGGACCACCAGUGGACUCUGGAUGAUCAUGAAUGGACACUGGGCGAGCUCGAGUACUCAGUGAAAGACUUUCCUCGCCAUAUGCUCCGACUUGCAUCCCCGGUGAUCGUUUUUCUACGGAAGAAUGACGAAAACACUCUACUACGACCAUUCCGAACCAUUUUCCCAACAGUUGCAGAGAAUCUGCUUGAUUGUCUCUGUGCAGCACUCCUUGCCCGCAACUACCUUCUUUCUCUAGCAAAACUACAUCGCCGAAAACCUUCUCUAUCGUCACGAAAUGACGUAUAUGCUGUGGACGCUGUCCCAGCCAAGGCAUACAGUACUCUGGGAAUCCAACUCCCAACCGCCUCAACUGGCCGCAUCAAAGAUCGCAUGCUGGGCUCGCGCAGCACCAAUAUGCGUCAGGAUGUCGAACGGAUCAUCGAUAACCUGCUCUUUGCCAUCUGUGGUCGAUCCGACAAUACUCUCAAAUCUGCCAUUGAGGUUCUGGCCCAAGUCCUUGAAACAAAUGCCCCGCGUUAA